AAGUUUAUUAUGGUUAUUUUUCAAUGUCAACUUGUCAAGUAUGAAACAUUUUAUCUUAAAUAGGUAUUUAUUUUUAAGUUAAGAGCAUUUAUUGGAAAUUUUUAUUUUCUAAUACAAUACUUGAAAAUAUAAGAUAAACAAUGCCUAAAAUCAAAGCCGACAAAAAAUCCAGGAUCCAUAAUGAAGUGGCUAAGCAAGGAAUUCAAUUUAACAAAGACUUUGGUCAGCACAUAUUAAAAAAUCCACUUAUUAUAACUUCUAUGUUGGACAAAGCAGGCUUAAGGCCUACAGAUGUUGCUCUUGAGAUUGGUCCGGGUACUGGUAACAUGACUAUAAAAAUGCUUGAUAGAGUCAAGAAAGUUAUUGCUUGUGAAAUUGAUACAAGAUUGGUUGCAGAACUUCAAAAACGUGUUCAAGGCACGCCAUAUCAAGCAAAGCUACAGAUUUUAGUUGGUGAUGUUUUAAAAACAGAAUUGCCAUUCUUUGAUAUAUGUGUGGCAAAUAUACCUUACCAAAUAAGUUCACCUUUAGUGUUUAAACUGCUUCUCCAUAGGCCAUUCUUCAGAUGUGCAGUUUUAAUGUUUCAACAGGAAUUUGCACAGAGAUUAGUUGCUAAACCUGGUGAUAAACUGUACUGCAGGUUGUCUAUAAAUACUCAGUUAUUGGCGAGAGUAGAUAUGCUGAUGAAGGUGGGCAAAAAUAAUUUCAGGCCUCCGCCUAAAGUUGAAUCAAGUGUAGUCAGAAUAGAACCAAGAAAUCCACCACCACCUAUAAACUUUGUGGAGUGGGACGGUCUUACAAGAAUAGCGUUUGUUCGAAAAAACAAAACACUGUCAGCUGCUUUCAAACACAACACAACAAUGGCUGUUCUUGAAAAGAAUUAUAGAAUUCAUUGUUCUUUACAUAAUAAGGAGAUACCGGAAGAUUUUGAUAUUAAGCAAAAAGUGCAAGAUGUGCUGAUAGAAGCAGAAGCAGAUCAGAUGCGAGCGAGGACAAUGGAUGUUGAUGAUUUUAUGAAAUUGUUACACGCUUUUAAUUCUGAAGGAAUACACUUUGCAUAAUAA